CUGUGUCCGCCGCGAUCCGAGCCGCAUGCGCCCGCCCGCCCGGUGUCCCCGGUGCCGCACUGAUGAGGGACUUGACCGCAUUCUGCCGGCGCCGCGCCUCCCGUACCCAACCCGCGCCUCCCGUUUCCAACCCCCGCCCCGUACCCAACGCGCUCCGCCGGCGGGACUGAACGUUUCCGGGCACGCUGUGGUGCGCAGCCGGGGACUCGGCGGCAAAUGCCCGUGAGCUUGGUCUCUUUCGCGGCCCCGAGCGUUGCUGUUGUGAGCACAAUCAGUGCUCGGCGCAGAUCACGGCGCUGCUCUUCAGCUACGGCAUCCGCAACUAUCGCCUGCAUAUUAUAUCCCACUGUGAAUGUGACGCCAGGUGCUCCGGGUGCUCCCCGCCUCAGUGUGCUCCGCAGGUUCCGGACCUCAACGACACCAUCUCCAACAUUAUCGGAGUCACCUUUCUCAACCUCCUGGAGGUGGCGUGCUUUGUUCUGGAGUGCGAGGAGUGCGUCCACUGGCACUGGUGGAAAUGGGACAAGGCUGAGCUCACAAGCAGGCAUGCAGCAGCACAGUGGGGGCUGGAGCCUGUGCCCCCAACAGCAAUGACCACCUUGGAACAGGACCUUGCUGGAGGAAGGGUCUGCAAGAGCUACAAGUACGUGGAUACGUGUGAGCACCAGAUCGUACCCAGCAAGGUGAAGUACCAGUUGCACAACAUGGAAACCCAACACUCUUCCACUCACAGGGCCAAGCAUCCAGACCAGAAGACACAGCACAGUGGUGUCACUCUCUAUGAGCAAUGCCUUUGGAUGGCCUUGGCGCAGAAGCCUUGUGCUUAG